AUGAGUCGCAGCAUCGUACGACAGAGUAAGUUCCGGCACGUCUUCGGACAGGCGGGGAAGACGGAGCAGGGCUAUGAUGACAUACGCGUUUCCAAGGUGACGUGGGACAGCUCGUUCUGUGCCGUCAACCCAAAGUUCCUGGCCGUCAUUGUGGAGUCCAGCGGGGGCGGAGCCUUCCUCGUCCUGCCCCUCUCUAAGAUGGGUCGUCUGGAUAAGAACCACCCGUUGGUGACUGGCCAUACUGGGCCUGUCCUGGACAUCGACUGGUGCCCUCACAACGACAACAUCCUGGCAUCCUGCUCAGAGGACACCACAGCCAUGGUGUGGCAGAUCCCUGACCAGAUGGGGACCCGGCCCAUAUCAGAGCCCAUCGUGGUCCUGGAGGGACACUCCAAACGCGUCGGCAUUGUCACCUGGCACCCCACCGCACGCAAUAUACUACUCACUGCAGGCAGUGAUAACCUGAUAAUAAUCUGGAACGUGGGAACUGGCGAGGCCCUCAUCUCCAUGGACGACCACCCAGACCUCAUCUACAACGUCAGCUGGAACCGUAACGGCAGCCUGUUCUGCACCACCUGUAAAGACCGACGCCUCCGUGUGUGUGACCCCCGCAAGAGAGAGGUGGUCGCGACAAGUUUUGAGGAGCCUAUUGCACUGCUGGAGUUGGACACAAGUAACGGUGUGUUGUUACCUUACUACGACCCAGACACCAACAUGGUUUACCUCUGUGGAAAGGGGGACAGUAGUAUCCGGUACUUUGAGAUAACAGAGGAGCCUCCCUAUGUCCACUACCUCAGUACCUUCAGCAGCAAGGAGCCUCAGAGGGGGAUGGGCUUCAUGCCUAAGAGAGGGGUGGACGUCAGCAAGUGUGAGAUCGCCAGGUUAUAUAAGCUUCAUGACAAGAAGUGUGAGCCCAUCGCCAUGACAGUACCUAGAAAGUCAGACCUGUUUCAGGAUGACCUGUACCCAGACACAGCGGGUUCAGACCCGGCUCUGGAGCCAGAGGAGUGGCUGGAGGGGCGAGACGAGGACCCCAUCCUCCAGUCCUUGAGAGAUGGCUACGUUCCCCCUAAGAGCCGCGAACUCAAAGUGGCCAAGAAGAACGUUCUGGACUCCAGACCCACCACCAGACGCAGCAUGUCCUCCUGCGACGGCUCAGCCAACCUGCCUUUGGUAGAGCGGUUGUUGGAAGAAGUUCAGAAUCUCAAGGCAACUGUUCUGUCUCAGGAGAAGAGAAUCUGUGACAUGGAGAAUAAACUCUCCAAGUACACCAACGGCACAGCCUAAUACACACACACACACAUACACCACGACAACACUCUGUAACAGCCCACACACACAAUUCCACUAUCCACAUAUACCGCCACACCCCCACACCCCUUACAUACACAGCCAGGCCAACAUUCAAUCAAAGCUGUUGGCAACAAGCACAUUGCACUUGACUUUUAAAGGUAAUUUACGAUUGAGCUGAAAUCCGCGGGUCUAUACCAUGAAUGUGAUCUCCGUGAACAACUGUGAAAUUGUCUUUUAAAAGGCGCAUUGUCGUUCGUGCAGUUCGCUGCUCUGCAACCUGCCUUUGAAUAAAUUCCAAAGCAACCCCAAAAACCCAUUACUUCAAACACAUAUAACCCCCACCCCCCAAACACACACACACACACACACACUCACAUGCACUCACAAACACACACACACACAACCAAUGCUCAGUACCUAGAGAGAGAAAGAGAUGGAAUUUUGAAAACCUAGUUGUGAGUUUGUAUUAACUUACAGUUCUAAAUAUUCUUACAGGUCUGAUUGAAGGAGUUCCUGUGGAUAGGUUUUACCGAAAGAUCUCUCUCUCUAGGUGCGUCUGGAAAUUGGAUCGCACACACUCAUAGACUACACACACACUCAUAGACUAUACACACAC